CAGUGAGAAACUGACCCCCUUCACGAUAGCACAUAUUAUUGUUAUUGAUUUUUAUAUUUAAUUUUUAAUUAUUUUUAAAAUAAUUUAGAAAGAUGAAAGUGUAUUUGUGUUUUGUCUUGCUGUACGUGACGUACGUGAAUGCUGGGUCGUUGCCCUCAUUCAUCAAACCAUGCUCCCGCUCAGACCCUCAACUGAACCAGUGUGUUGAGAAGGUGAUUUCAGCAGCUGGAGCGAAGUUCACCGAGGGUAUUCCAGAGCUGGGCAUAGCACCCUUAGACCCCGUGGAACUUGGCACGGUGUUUGUGGACAAUCCUGCGUUGAAACUGACCUUCACUGACACUGUUGUGACUGGGCUAAAGGGAUUCAGGGUCAAUACUUACAAGAUCAAUCCCGACAAGGGUAAGGCAACCUUGGACUUCACCGCCAACGUGACCCUGAAGGCGCACUAUGUCAUGGACGGACAGGUGCUCAUCCUGCCCAUCAAGGGAGAUGGAGAAUCCAGAAUCAAGAUCACAAACCUAAACAUCGUGGUGAAAUACGACUUUGUAGAGAGAGAUGGCCACUGGAACGUGCCCAGUUACAAGGACCACUACAAGAUGGACCGAGCACAGUUCAAGUUCACCAACCUGUUCGGCGGCAACAAGGAACUCGCACAAACGACACAAAGGUUCACAAACGAGAACUGGGAGAUCAUUAUGAGCGAGAUCGCUCCCCCAGCCAUCAAGCAAAUUAUCAAGAAGUGCGUGGAUCAAGUCAACAAAUUCUUCGGAGCGAUACCGGCGGCCGAAUUACUACCCUGAACGGAGACACAAUCCACCAAGUAAUAAACAUAAACUGGGAGCCUGUGAUGCGUGACAUAGGCCCAGUCGCCUUCCAACAAAUCAUCAAAAGAUGCGUCGACGAAGCCAAGAAACUGUUCGCGGCUGUGCCUCUCAACCAACUUCUCUUGCCGUGAACAAUACUACUCAUUUCAAAGCGGUUAUACCUCGGAAACACUUUUUUGUUUGCUUUUAGCCAAAUUCCCAGAUUUUAGACCAUGUUAAAAAUAUUUAGACUACUCCAAAUAUGAUUAUUGUUUUCAGUUAAAAGCUAAAUAAUGGUCAGACUUGCUCAACUUCGAAAAUGGUCCUUUGUUGUGCUUAUAUGACCAAAAAAACAGUUUUUAUGAUUUAGAACUAUCUUUUAUAGGACAGUUGAACUGUUUUUCAAGUAAAGCCACGGAUACACUAGGGGACAAAUGGAGCAACAUGUUGCGGAACAUGUUCCCAACAACUACGUGGAAUGUGCCGACAUACAUGUCGCGGAACAUUUUGUCGACCACACUUCUCAGUGUUUAUAGAAAUGUUGCCCGAGGAGGUAUCGAGGGUGUUGAAACGUAAGAGAAAGAGAAGGUUGUGGAUGCGGAAUUUCUUAUUACCUACAACGAGAAAGAACGCGACUACACUCGGUGACAAAUGGCGCAACACUGACGCAGGACACGUGCGCUCGCUCUCGAGACGGGAGCAAGCAACAUACCCCGCGUCACGUAAAAUGUUGUGGGUCAUGUUGCGGGACACUAUGCAACGUUGCAGCGUCACGUAUAUUUUGUGUUGCGCGUUAUGUUGCUGGACAAAAUGUUCCCUAGUGUAUCCGAGGCUUAAUGUUCAAGUGUUAGACAGUGUUUAAUUGAGGUAUAACUGUUAAUAAAGUUUUGAGCUCUCUACUCGCAACUGUUUUGUCCGUUAGAGCACGUAUCUUCAGCACAAAUAAUUUCCGUACAAGACUGGAUGUGUUUGAUCAUUUGUUUGUUGGCGCAUUAGAUUAGCUUCGUAUAAUAGUAAUUGUGAUAAUUAUCUUAAGUAAAUUAAGUUGGUUUUAGAGUUAAUUUAUUCAAAAUAAAUUGGUGAAAAUGAGUGA